UGUUGGAAAGCAAAACAAACUGCGCUCUAAAGUGUUCGUUCUUUUCAGAAUUUUUUACGUUUCUCGUGCAAAAUUCAACGCAAAUACUUAAAACAUUCGCAUUUCGUUUAAUGCAAUAUUAUGCAUUGCGUUGCGUUCAACAAUUGUUAAUGUGCUUAUGCUGGCCCGGCCAAUGCAAAAUGUGUGUUUUUCUCGCUAUGUGCUGCAGAAGAGAAGACUGGAAGAAGCUCGGCAAUGUGAACCAUUUGGAUUUGUUGUUGGUUAGUGACAAAGCAAAUUAAGCUGGCUGCAUUCAAUUGACGAGGAGGAAAAAGCAAAAGAACAGUACACAAAAAACUAUAGAGAAAAGCAAACUCAACAACUCAACACCACAAACAACAAAAGAAGGAAACAACAACAACAACGGGAGCAGCAGCAGCAACAACAAUUAAACACAAGAAUAGUGCGUGGGCGAAAAAAAAACACAUUCGAGUUUAGUGUGUUUGAUUAACAAAAAUAAACCGCAAUAUACGAUUGCGAAAUAAACAGUAGAAAAGUGCAAAAAAAAAAAAAAAAAAACGAAAAUUACGCCAGACACAACAACAACAACAACAAGAACUGCAGUUUUGGGCAAAGCUUCGCUUCAACACAUGAACAACAGCAACAACAACUCGGUGGCGAGCGCAAAGAAGAAGACAACAACAACAACGUUGAGAGAGCCAAAGUCAAAUCCAAAGCAAGAGCGAGCUUAGUGUGUGGGGACAACAGAGGCGCCCUCUGUUGGGCGGCGGCAGCUGCGGAGGCUAAAACCGCGCGGCGGCCUUGACAGCUGUUGUCUUUCUUUUUUUUUGUUGUUGUUGUCUUUUGUUUGUGUUGCUCCUAGGACAUCCGGAUCUGCAAAGCAAACAAAGUGGAGCCGUAGUUGCGUUGUAAUUUGAAUGGCAUUUUGUUGUUUGUUAUAUGCCACAAAAGAUGAACAAUGAACAAAUUGGUGUUUCAUCUAUAUCAUCAUCAACAUCCACCAGGACAACACCAGCACAGGACAUCAGCAGCAACAAUCACAGUGCGGCAACUGCACAGCUCAUCAAGGUCAAAUCAACAGGCAGCAGUAACAACAACAACAACGAUAUUGCAACAUUAGUGACAAAGAUCCAAGCGAUAAUACCGGAUACGCCCAUUGUGUCGAUUGCCGCUGGCACGUUGAGUGAGAGCACAACAACAACGACAUCGACUAAGACGACACCGACGCCCUAUUUCCAGGAGCAGUUAACCACCUUAAUGUCGCACAAUGUGAAGCUGGAGCAGCGUCCAGCCAAUGACAGCAGCAGCAGCAGCAGUAGCAACAAUGCAGGUGCCGCAUUAGUUGGCAGCACCGCAAAAAGUGCAGUUGGCAGCACCCACAACGCAAGUGGCAGCACCGAAAACUCUACAGCUGCUGCAGCUGCUGAAGAUCUUUGCCAAAAUCAUGUGGCUUGUGAUAAGAAAAGCCCGAGUCCAAGUCCGGCCAAUAAAAAUGCAGUUGCCACCGCAACAGCAACAACCACAGCAACAGCAGCUGCUUCUAUUCCUGUCUCUGUUCCUUCUGCAGUCGAGAGCAGCAGCAAUAGCAAUAAGGAGGCCUCUGAAAGUGGCAGCAAAACUGCCAGCAGCAGCUUAAAGUUGACGCCACUGUUGCGAGUCAUGGGACAACCGGCGCCGGAUGUGAUUGCGACGGCAACGGCGUUGCAUCAACGCAGCGGCGCCACCACCAAGGGCAAGACACAAGAUGACCAGAACGUGGGCAAGCGUCUGAAAAAGAAAAAGACAAAAUACGAUACGUGGGAGGAUAGCGAUUUCAAUGAUCUCGACGACGCAUCGUUGAAGAAACUACUCGAAGAAGCUUAUUGGUAUCGCAAUCCUGGCGACAGGAAAAACAAAAGCGAGCGUUUUCUGCAAAUGCUCAAAAAGGCUGAGUACGACGAGGAGAAUUCUUAUCGUGCCAUUAAAAACUCGUUAGCACGCAACACGUCCGCCGCAUCAGCAGCAGCAGUAGCAGCAACGUCCAGUGGCGGUGGUGGCGGUGGCGGUGUCUAUCAUCACAGCCACAGCAGCAGCGUUGGCAGCGCCAGCAACUUUGCAGCAGCAGCGCACAACAACAACAGCAACAUCAAUUGUAAUAGCAACAGUUAUACAACAACAACAAAUCAUCGAUCAGCGAAUCAGCGACAUAAGCAAGGAGGUUCAUUGCAGGAUUUGGUGGAGGCGACGCAUCGCAGCGAGCUGGCAACGACGUCAGCAGCAGCUGCAACGGCAGCAACGCAACGUUUCAACUGUGAUUAUCAGCUGGGUGGCAACGCCGCCAAUCGUGCCAAUCGACGACAGCAGCAGCAGCAGCAAAGCAACAACAACUGCAACAACAGCAAUCAAAAUACUGCCUUGGCCAGCAAGAAAACCAAGAACAACAACAGCAACUCGUCUGUUUCAGCGAGACAACGAGAAGGCGGAAGUCUGCCGAGCAGCGUUAAUCUCGAGGCGAGCAGCAUGGAUGCAAAGCUGAAGCAAGCGCUCAUGAUGAGCGACAAUGCUCAUGAUCCGAAUGCCAGCAACAACAACAACAACAGCAGCAGUUUGCCCAGUCAACUGAAUGAGACAGGCACGAAAACAACAACCACAACAACAACGGCAGCAACAUCAUCGUCAUCAUCAUCGAGGAUAUUCGAUGAUUUCGAUGUUGAUGAUGUCGUUGCAGCAAUGCAGCGGCAGGAACAAUUGGAAGCGUUACGUGAGGCGCGCAAAGCAAAGAGAAUUCCCAGUUCAUCGACGACGACGAAUCACAUGUCCUUCAACUGCGAGCAGUUGCUCGGCGCUCUCAAUCAGCAGAUGCAAAAGCAACAGCAGCAACAACAACAACAACAGUAUCCGAGCGAAGGCAACAACAAGGAUUCGGGAGUGCCUGUUAAAGAGUUCCUAAUCGAUGAUCCGCUUCAUUUUUCCAUGCUGGAGCAGUCCUCUAAAAAUCAGCAACUGUUGCUGCAACAACAGCAACAACAACAACAACAGCAGCAGCAACAAUUUGCCGGCAACAACAAUGCGGCCGGACAGUUCUCGCUCAGCAUGGAGGAUCACAAGCGCAAAGUGGAGACUGGAUAUGUUUCCUUCAAUGACAGCUACACUGCCUGCUCCUCCGUUUAUGGCGUUGGCGGCAUUAGCGGCGGCUCCGGCUCUGGCUCUGGCUCAUCCUCCGGCUCCGGCAGUGUCAAUGAUGGCGCCAGCAAGUCUGGCUCAGUGGCUGGAUCAUCGGAGAUGUUUGCCGGCGGUGCGGCUGACAUGCGACCAGCGAAGAUGGGACGCAUGAUGACAGCGGCGGCAGCAGCGGUUGUUGCCUCGCAUGGGGCCAAGGCCACAACUCGUCAGUUCGAUGAGAAUGGAAAUGCGUUAAGUGACAGCUACGCUGGCGGCAGCAACGUGUGCAACAGCAACUCAAGCAGCGGUGGCUCCUCAUCCACUCAGCAGUUUACGACGCUCAUCAGCUCUGCUUUAAGUGCUGGCAAUGGUUGCCAACAACAACAACAGCAACAGCGCUCAAAUAGUGUGUCCACAUUGCUGUCCACUGGCAACUCGAAUGGAGCAGCAACCACAGCGAUGGCAGCGGCUGCUGCUGUUUCGGCCACGUUCAACAAUCAGUUGCAGCAGCAGACGCCAAUGAUUGCCGGAGCUGUUUCCUCCUCCUCAACAACAGCAACAACCACAUCGCAACAGCAACAACAACAGCAGCAGCAACCACUGACGAAACUCAAGUCGAAGAAAAAGUCACAGCAAGAGAGGAAUACAACAACUGUGGAUGUGGAGUCAGUGGCUGGUUAUCGAGGCAAAGAUCCCGUCGAGCAGCUGGUGAAAUACAUUGAGAACGAUGCGAAUGCAUCGUCAUCUAAUGCUGCUGUGCAGCAGCAAAAGAAAAAGGAGCGCAAGAAGCAGAACAAGCUGAAGAAAUGCAAUUCACUCGAAGAGUUGCGCAGCUGUGCCAAGAUCGAAGUCGAUGAACUAAAGCGUCAGGCAGCAACCACCGAAAUGAUGCGCAACAAUGGCAACGGUGGCAGCAGCAACGGCGGCAGCAGCAACAGCAGCAGCAGCAGCGCUGGCAACAAGAAAGGCGGCAACAACAAGCAUAAUUCAGCCUCGGUGGCGGACAUCAACAAGAAUUGCAACAAGGAGCAACAGCAACAAGAGCAACCAACUUCGUCUUCUUCUAAAGCAACCACACGCAAAGGCGAACGUCGCUCUUGGGGCACCGAGGAGCUGCAAUAUUUGGGUGAACCAACGUUGAACAACUGGACUGAGCCAUUGCCAACUGCAAUGUCAGAAACAAUGUUGCCAGCAGCAACAUCAACAGCAGCAGCAACAGCAACAACAUCCACAACAUUGUCUGCUUUGGCGUUGCCCACUUUAGCUCGCAUGUCCGAGUUGGAGGCGUUGAACACGGUGCUCAGCGAGACGGCCGAGUUUCAUGUGGUCACCAAGAAGAAGAAGCCAAAGAAACAACGCGCCGUCACCAUGGACGAUGCUGCUGUGGCAGCGGCAGCCACAACCGGUGGCAACUUGCAGCGCAUGCAACAGAUAACAAAGUCUGCCUCAUCGAACAUGAUGUCGCAACGUUUGCGUAGCGAUUACUACAACAAUCAUUACGGACAGCAGCAGCAACAGUAUAAUAAGCAGCAGCAACAAUAUCAACAGCAGCAGCAAUCAUCGCAUCAUCAGCAGCAGCAGCAGCAAUCACAUGCCUCGCAUGCCACAAGCGGAGGCAACUCGGUGGCAGCUUCCUCCUCCUCGUCUGCUCAAGACAAUUCGCGUCGCAAGUCAACAUCGUCGAUGCCGCCAUCGGAGAAAUCCGAUUCCAGUGAUCUCGAUUCGGUGCAUUCGCUGCCCAUACAGACGGGCAAGAAGAAGAGCAACAACAAGCGCGCUGCCGUCCAGGCCAAGCACACCUCACACAAGAACAACAACAGCAACCAAAACAACAACAACAAUUCACCUGCGCCAAUUUCAUAUGCGGACAUUGCACGCAACAAACGCGAAGCUUUGGCCAACAACAACAGCGAAGAGUUGGACGCCAAUGAAGCUGCUGCUCAACAGCAACUGCAACUCGACAGCAGCAACAGCAGCAGUGCCAGCAACAGCAGCGCCAGCAGCAACAACAACAAGCUGAAGGCCAAGUCAAAGUUGCGUCCCGAUUUCCCUGAGUUGCCUGGCGCAAUUUCAGGCGCCACAGUUUCGGCUGCUGCUGCUUUGAUUAGCUACUCGCAGAGCUUGAAUGCAACAGCAGCAGCAGCAGCCACAGAGGAUACCGAGGAGCAGCAACAGCCACAGCCACAGUUGUUGCCAUCAACAGCAGCAACAACAGUUGCCAAUGUAACGCCAACAAACAGCACAAAUGCUGCUUCGAUUGUUGCUUCGGUGUCGGCGCCGCCAGCGUUGCAAAAGUCCAAAAGCGUUGAACACGAUGCGAGCAGCUACAGCAGCAAUCUAGAUCUGCAAUAUCCGGCACUGGAGAAGACCGUAAAGCGUCACAGCGUCAACAAUGUGUCUGCGUUGCCAUCAACAACAGCAGCAGCAGCUGGAAGCAACAACAACAGCUACAACUUUGCAGCAGCAGCGAAGCAAUUGGAUGUGACCCCCACAGGAGCAACUACCUCAGUCUCAAUCAAGGCGAAAACAAAGUCAAAGGAGCUGUCGCCCACCAACAGCAACAGCAGCAACAACAGUAGCAGUAACAACAACAGCAAGAAGCUGGAGAAGCAAAAGUCAACAACAACCACAACAACUAGUCAGGAGGAUGCCUCAACACCUCCUCCAGUUAGUUUUAGCUUUGUUAGCUGCGGCACAGCAACCGGAAGUGGCAUCAUUACGUUCAAAACAACAGCAGCCACUCAAACGGAUGGCGUGAAGAAGAUCAACAGCAGUGGAACAACCUCAACGGGAGCUCAGACACAAACAUCGGCGCUGCCGGCGGCGGGCAAUCGACCGGCGGUGAUAAUACUCAACGAUGAUCGCGACUCGAAGCUGGGCAGGCUCAACAACGAGUUCAUCUUUGGCGACUUCAACGAGGACGAACUGAAGCUGUUCGAUGAUGUGAGUGAAAAGGAGCUGACCGAGGAGAAGGUUGCCAAGACGUCGUCGUCGUCGUCCACAGUUUCAACGGGCACGUUGACUGAAGUUUCCACACCGCCAACAGUUGCUACCACCGAUGAACAGCAACAGCAGCAGCAACAACAACAGUUGCAACUCCUGUUGAACGAUUCUAACGAUAAUUCAGCGUGCAUGGACAUGCUGUUGAUCUCAGGGCAGGCGGCGCAGUCGUCGCCCAAUGCAGCAAACACAACGUUGAUGGCAGCCAACAACAGUAGCAGCAACAACGUUAACAAUUCGUCCACAUCCUCGACAGCCUCGUCGUCCGCCUCAUGCUCAACCUCGGCCUCCUCAUCGACGCUGAGCAGCAGCAGCAACGCAAAUGGAAAUGGAAAUACGAAUGAUGCCAACGCUCUACAAUCUGCCACAAAUAUGGCAAAUCAAUCGAACGACAGCGGCAUCUAUGCCACAGCAAACACUUCAUCAACAUCAACAUCAACUUCUGCUGGGCACAUCAAGGAUCAGGUGAAUCAUUUCCUCAGCAAGGCGAGCAGCCACAGUCAUCACAGCAGCCACAGCAGCAGCAGCUGUAGCAGCAGCCACGACGAUCCGUUGCUGCCGAUGCAACAGCUCGAGACGUGCAACGACAUCGAAACUGCCAUCAUUGCCGCUGCUCGCGCUGCAGCCGAAGCUGCACUCAGCACCAACUCGAGUCGCCGCAACUCGCAGGAGCAACAGUUGCAGUUGAGCGGCAAAUCGAAAGUGCGACCAGCUCUUUAUAUGACCUACGAUGAUGCCACAGCUGCCACAGCGGCAUCGGAGGGUAAAGAUGAGGAAGCCGCUCAGCUGCGCGAAUUGAGUUUCAUGCCUGAUCUGAAGAGCGAUUUUGUUGCCGCUGCCCCAACAUCAGCAACAACAGCAACAGCUGCUGCUGCCAUCACGCUGCCACUGCCAUUGCCGCUGCCGCUCUCCACGCAACUGUUGCCACGUUUGGCGAUGCAGGCCAACACCGAACUCAUUGUGGAAUACAUCACCAACUCUUGGAAUGCGGUGGUGAAAAGCAAACACGUCUAUAUCUACAACGAGGAGAAUGAGUCGCAAACUUAAGAGGCAACAUCAAAUCCAUCUUCAUCCAUCAACUUACAACAACAACAUCAACAACAACAUGAACAUUGGCAACAGCAGCAGCAACAGCUGCUUAGAUAAUUCCUUCUUUAUAUUAUUUCAUUUUUAAUAUAUUAUAUAUUGCACAACAUGAUCAGCGUGUAGAAAUUUGUGUUUGAAGGCCACAAAAGAGUCAUCGAUAGAGAAGAGUUUGAGAUCGGUUUUUUGGACAGCAGAAGAUAGCGAAAAGAAAUCCAUGAAAAAUGUCCCCUAACUAUAUUUAUGUAUAUCUUUAUUUUGCGAGACAUUUAUCUGUUUGGUUAAUCAAUAACAACAACAGCAACAACAAAAAGAGAAAUCUAUUUAUUUAGAUAUUUAGAAAUUUAGCAUUAAUCUUCAAAGUUUUAACGCGCAUUUGAAAAUGUUUUUUGUUUUUUUUUCUCUUUGUUAGCAAUUUUCUUUUUUUUUUUGUUUGUUUUUUUUUUUUCUUUGAUUAUGAAGUAUGCAUAACUAUAAAUAUUAUAUAUAAACAUAUUAUAAAGAGAUAAUUAAAUUUUUAAAAUAUGAAUUUUUGUUUAGAACUCGGAAAGAAACGAGAUCUAUUUAUAAAAAAAAAGAAAAAAGAAAAAUGCCUAGAUAAGUUUAUAGUUUGUUAGGCUUAAGGCAAAGAAAGAAGAAAAUGAUGUCGACAUUGAAAGAAAAGAAAAGAAAAGAGAAGCAACAAAACAAAAGAAAAAGGAAAAGGAAGAAAAACAUAAAUUUAAAACUAAAUAUUGUGUAUGUAAAUAAGAGAGAAAGAAAAAAGAAAAACAAGAGGGAAAAAUUCUAGAAACAAAGAAAUUUGCGUUUAUAUGUAUUUAAACAAUUUGAUAUAAAUCAAAUCGAGAUAUAUAUGUAUAAAAAUUAAAGGAAAGAAAGAAACACAGAAUAUUAAGAAUAUUAAACGUAGUCAUGUAAGUUGCAACAUAUUAUAAAUGUGUGUGGCAUGCCACCACAAACAAAUCAGCCAUAAGCCUAAUGAGGUGAAGCGCACUUGAACGAAAAAUGCCGCCGUUUAGCAGAGCCAAAACACACACACACACACACUUUACACUCACACACACACACACACACACAUCCAGAAAAAAGGCUUUGAAGUAGUAAAAGAAAAAUAUAUGAAUAAAGUUGAAGAAAAAACUAAAAAAAAAAAGAAAACAAAAAACAAAAAAUGAGAGCGUUAGUAAUUUAACAAAAUAAAAGGAAAAACAAAAAAAUAGCGAAGCAAAACCAUAAAAAUCAAAUCAAAGCGUAGGCAUUAAAGAAAGCAUCAACUAUAAUAUUACAAAUUAAUAAAUAAUAAUGCAGAAACACACACACACAUACAUUUUUUUUUAUAUACAUACAUAACAUUUAACAAUAAUUCAUAAUAAUAAUAAUAAUAAUAAAAGAAAAGAAAAAAACGCGUAAACCGUUUCAAAAAUCAUUGUAAGUCUAAGCAACAACAACUACAACUAAAAUCGAAAAAGCGAAACAUCAUUAUUAUUAAACAUUAAAAAAGAAAAUUAAAAAAUAGAAGAAACAAGAAAAUUAUUUAAAUCAAAUUCUUAAAAAUAAUAAAAUAAAAAUCAAUUUUCAAAAGCAUUACAAAAAAAAAAACUAAAUGCCGCAUUGAAAUGUUUCAAUUUUAAAGUAGCAAACUAUAUCAAACAAAUCUUAAAACUAAAUCUGAGAGAAUGUCAAAGAAAAAAAAUCAAGAAAAAAAACACAAAAAAAAGAAAAAGAUAAUGCAGUUAGUUGGUGUUCAGUGUGUAAAAAAAAAAUAAAACGCUUUGGAGAAUGAGAAAAGCUAAAAAGAGAAGAGAAAGCCUCUCACACACACACACACAGAAUAGCGCUGUCUCUGUCUCAUGAUCAGCUCGCACAUAACCUCAAAAAUUCGAUAACAGUUAAAAGCUAACAAUAUAUAGAAAGAUAUAUAAAAUAUAUAUAAAUAGAUAUACAUAAAUGUGCUAGGCUAUAAUAUAAAUGUUUCUUAUGGGUGUAUUUAUGUAAUAUAUAUAUAAUAUAUUUACUAAAUGUGGUGGAUCGUGUGUCUGUCUCUCUAUAUAUAUACAUACAUAUAUGAUAAAGAUUAGGCUACACACUCUCUAUAUACAUACAUACAUACACAUAUAUUCCUACCUAAAACAGAUUGUAAUCAAAUUCAAUGUUGUGUUUUCCUUUUUUUUUGCCAUUCGCCCCGAAUUUCAGUGCACUUCUCAGCCUUGCAGUGAGUAAGUGAGAGUGAUAGAGAGAGAUAGAAAGCGUGGGAGAUCAUGCACAGCACUCGCACAAAAGCUAAGUGCUGUGACACUCGGCUAUCCAGGGCUGCAUUCGCUGAUAUUAUGCAAACAACAACAACAGAGAACAAAGAGAAUAAAGUUAGUUUUUAUGAUGUGGCUCGAGCUUCGUGUUUGGCAGCAGUUGGCUAACAGACCAAAGUAGCAUUAUUUACAUAAAUAUUAACUAUAUAAAUUAAAAAUAUACAUAUAUAUUAUACAUACACACAUAUAUCAGCUAUAUUUCUAUUCAAAAUUUGACUUUUUAAUGUGUGUGUGGAACAAAAAAUAUUAUUUUCGUUAAAGCGAAAAAGAAAAGGAUAGAGAACGCGAGAGAGAGAAAGAGAGAGAGAGUACUAUGGAUCAUAGACAGACUAAAAUUAAGUUUAUUUGAUAGCUAAACAAGAAAGAAGAAGAUGAAGCACUUAUAUAUAUUAAUAAAAUACGCUCUGUAUUAGAAUUUAAAGAAUUACUUAUCCGAAGAUCGAGUGAGUGCUAACUGUUUAUAACUAUGUAAGUGUGCGUGUGAAUGUGUAAGUGUGUGAGUGUGUGUGAAUGAUCAAAAACUAACCUCUAAAAUUUAUAUGAAUGUAUACUUCUUAUAUACUACAUAUACAUAUAAAUAUAUAUGUAUGUACUCUACUACCUAAAACUAAACUAAAUUAAAUGCUACUACUACUACGAGUAUAAAAUAAAAUUAAAAAAAAAAAAAAAACAAAUAUAUAAAUACAAUUACAAUUACAAUUACCAACUACAAUUACAAUUACGACGAUCUAUAACAAAAAAAAAAAAAAACAAA